CCAAAUUCCCGCAGAGAAACAACCAUCACCAGCGAUACAAAGACGUCAGAAGAUACACAAACUUGGAACGCCGUGCAAUGACGAGGAGGUGACAAUGAAUAGCCUAUUAAGCCUGACAAAGACCUUCCAGAAGGCAUGUAAUCUUCUUACACAACGCCCUGGUGCACCCUGGGGUCCAAGAUGUCCUUCGCCCGGGGUAUCUGAUAUCGGGGAUGCAGAGAGGAGUAGGCCGCACGGAGCCGCCGCCCAACGCAGACGAGUGCGGAGCUUCAUACCAGCAUCCGUGCUCUAUACACCGCUAUGUAGAAGACACAGUGUCUAUCACGGGAAUACCAUCAACUUUCAGCUCCAGCUUGAGCAAAGUAGUACGGCAUCCCUCAACAGCCACAUUCCGCCCCAGGAGACUAGCCGCGUAGUCUCUGGAAGUAUGCCCCUUGCUCCCAGCUCCAGUGCGCGGGUGCCGCAGGCACAUACACAAUACUUCAAAUCCCUCGAAGAGCUCGAUAACUGGGCGGAUUCUCGACCACAGCAACUCCAAGGAGUUUGCCAUGAUUAUAAGGGAGGCUAUAAAGAGGAUCCCUACGACCUGUCAUAUACCUUCAACUUCUGGUCGUCGUGCGACAUAUUCGUCUACUUCGCCCACCAUCGAAUCACGAUACCACCACCUGGAUGGGUCAACGCGGCUCACAGGCAGGGCGUCAAGAUGCUCGGUACUUUGAUCUUCGAGAACGAUGGCGAAAGCGACUGCCUCCGCCUCCUUGUCGGCAAGCUGCCCUCGUCGAAGACGGGUCCGGCCGCGCAGGCGCCUACGAACUCGCGCGCCUCUCUGCCGGUGUCUCCGCACUAUGCCCGGAUGCUAGCCCAGCUGGCUGCACAGCGCGGCUUUGACGGUUAUCUGCUUAACUUCGAGUGCCCUCUGAGGGGUGGGCCGGAGCAGACGCAGGCGCUGGCGUCGUGGAUUGCGCUUCUGCGUUCGGAACUGCGAAUAGCUGUGGGCGAGCACGCACAUGUAUCGUGGUAUGAUUCCGUAGUGAUCAACGGCCAGCUGAGGUGGCAGGACCGCCUCAACGCUUUCAACCUCCCAUUCUUCCUCCCCGCAGACUCGUUCUUUACGAAUUACACCUGGCGCCCCAGCGGUCCUGCCGCCUCCGCAUCCUUCUUCCUCAGCCUCGACCAUGCGCAUGUCCGAAGCAAGCGGCUGCGAGAUAUCUACGUCGGCGUCGAUGUGUGGGGACGAGGGCAGCACGGCGGUGGUGGUCUAGCGUGCUUCCGCGCGCUUGAGCAUAUUUCGCCGCGCGAGCUGGGGCUGAGCACGGCGCUCUUCGGACAGGCAUGGACGUGGGAGAGCGAGCAAGACGAACCAGGGUGGACGUGGGCGCAGUGGUGGGCGCGGGAGCGUCUGCUUUGGGUUGGUCCGACCGACGCCUCCGCGCCGAUUGCUCUGCCCGAGGCGCCGCGCCGCGAGGGCGAGCCGGAGUGCCCUCAUGGGGACUUCAAGCCUGUGGGGGAGUUCUUCGAGCGUGGGUUGCCUCCGGAUCCGGCGGUACUGCCGCUGCACACGACUUUCUGCCCCGGCGUCGGUGAAGCGUGGUUUGUGGAGGGCAGGAAGGUGUCCGGACACGCGCGCAUGCCGUGGACGGACGUCGACAAGCAGACCUCGCUAGGCGAUGUGUGGCCCCGGCCGCGUGCGACUUGGGAGGAUGCGGAUAAGGUCGUGGAGGGUCUGCCUGUGGCCACGGCCGACCUGUCGAUGGAAUACGCGUGGAACGGCGGGUCGUCGAUGAAGCUGGAGUUGACGUUCCCGCCGUCGGAAGAGGAGGAUGCUGCGUACCGGUGCGUGUGGGUGCCGGUGCAGGGGAUGGGACUGUCGGCGGGGCGUACAUAUGAGGUGGCGGCGGUGUACAAGGUCGUUGGAGAGGUCGACUCAUCGUCGGAGGUGGAGGUUGGGUUGGGUGUCAAGUCCGGAGAAACGAACGUCAGCACGGAACCAACAGGCGAAGAGGCUGUGCAACAUGGAUGGACGAAGCUCAAAGUCGACGUCUCCGUGCCGACUCCGUGUGCAACGGAGGCUGGCUUCGUCAUGGCUCUCGUUGCAGAGGACACGUCCAAGCCAGCGACAGUGUCGCUGCUUCUCGGGCAGCUCAACGUUCACAGCAAGCCUGCCAUCGGCACGAAAACAUCGAUACCUACCAUACUCUGGGUCGACUACGCGCGAGAUGGGUCUCACAACACUGGUGUGCUUACCUGGGAGGUGGCCGCCGCUCUACCGCCACCGACUUGGCAGCUUCCACUCACGCCAGAGCAGUCGCGACCGGCAUGGAUUCCUGAGAUCCCAUCCGUCGACUUCCUGUACUUCAACGUUUACGUGCAAUACUUCGAAGUGGGGGAGACGGUGGGGUCGCCGGAUGAAGCGCAGUGGAUUGGGACGACAGGGAUGGAUGGAGAGGGAAGGAGAUUCGAGGUGGCAGAGGAGAAGUUCAGAGCUAUGGCGGAGGGAAAGCGGCUUGCAAGGUUCUACGUACGUGGUGUGACAGAUCGUGGCGAAGUUGCUGGCUGGGAUCAGAGCGCCUAUGUUGAGGUUGCAGUGGAUUAG